CUGUCUUGUCUCCCUGGCAACAUACAAUAGAGGAAGUUUAGAAAGCACUGACCUGCCCACUUUUACCUGCUACUAUGUCAGCAUAUCAACCCUUGAGCCGUUACAGGUUUGUAGGAAGUAGAGUGAGACGCGACAUGGAGGCAGACUUGCUGCUGGGGAACUGAACUAAGUUGCUGUUUUCACUACUAACAAAACAAGUACAGUACUUCAUGGUCAUGGAUACAAUCUUUGCUACCCUGGCUUGUUACCUCAUGGCCCUGUCUAUUGCUGUGGCACAAACAGAAAAUAGGAAUUUGACUACCACACCUACAAUAACAAACCCUGACUUCAACCUGACACACACGACUACAGUGGUAACCCCAUCUAACUCAACUGCACAUGUAACUGUUAUCUCAAACCUGACUGAGAGCACCACGGCAUUUACCAGCACGACACGGCAGAAUGAAACAUUCAGCGAAACUACAGCAACUACAACUGAGAGCACAAGUCAUUUCCAGACUUCUCAGUCAACAACCAUCAUGACUUCUCUAACAAAUAGUACAUCAGUGAUGACUACAACUGGCACUCCCACUUCAACAUUUACUGCACGUACAACGCCAGCAAAGCAGACCACAGAAGGCUACAUAAGUACACCUGUUACUACAGUAAUUACUUCAAAUUCAUCUCACACUGUCAACACAACUGCAGAUAUAAUGGACAGAACCACACAAGGUUUGGGACUAAACAUUUCAGAAAGGAAUAUGACUAUUCUCUUCAGCGUUGUACUUGGAGUGUUUGCUACGACAUUGGUUGUGUUCAUGUACCACAGAUGCAAACACAAAAUCCAAUACUUCCAUCAGCCUCUUGACAACACUGAGGACACAGAUGCAUUUGUGGCAGACGAUGACACACUUGUAAUUUCUGGAGGACUUUAUGAUGGUCACCCAAUAUACGACAAUGUACCAACAGUCCCAGCAGACCAAUCUCAAUUCCGUCUUGAGUUCCUUCAUUAAGGAGAGAGAGGUCCUUUGCUGCUCGAUAGGCAUGGACAAAACCAAUUUUCUUCAUCUCCCAAUUAGUGCAAUUUCAAGAUGGAAAUUUCACCCCUGUGAAAUUAUAAAUCUUCAUGAGAGGCUAAUGGGAGGAAGAGAAAAUGAUGAUGGGCAGAACAUUUAAACAAGGACAAUGCUGAUUGAUUUGAACAUCACUUUUACUUAUAUCACUGCCAAUACUAAGAUACAUAAAUAUAUUACGGUAAAUAUAUUUAGAUAGUAAUACAUAACAACUACACCUUUUCCCACAUCAAUGUUAUACACAUAUGCAGAAUGAAUGAGAUUUCAUGUGAAUACCAGUAAGGAUAAAUAAUUCCAUAAAACAGCACUACAACAAACAGAUUUUUUUCUUCUCAGUACUUAAAGCAUAGAGGGUGAUUCAACACUCUUAAAAGUCACUUAAAAGUUACCUCAGAACCCCAACCAAAAACUUGCUAAACAAGCUGGAGUAUGAAUACUUAAAUAUUUCUACUGUUUUACUAUUUCUACUUUUUAGCUGAUCCAUAACAAAACCAUAUAAGCAUGUUAAAAAAUACAUUUGCCUUUUUGAUCCCUAACAGUACUAUAUGCAUGUUAUGAAAGUUGGAAUAUGAACACCAAAAUCUGUCUAAUGCUGUUUUUAUCACUCUUUAUCUGACCUUUACCGGCACUAUUUAUCCAAAUAUCUUCUCAUUGGUCUUCUUCUUUUUUUUGUCCCCACCAGUAACAGCAGUCCAACCAGCAUCUCUCAUCCUUUUCAUUGCAGCUAGCUUCAAGGAGUUCCCUGGUGAUUUAUGAGUGACAGGGCUCUGGAUCUGAAAUCAUUUGUAACUUUAUUUUUUAUAAUAUUAAAUAAAAAUUACCAGGGACUUUUUCUUCUUUGUCCACGCAUAACAUGCAUACAUAUAAUUUUCAAAUAGCACUGCACCACUGUGGCCAUGUUACCUUUUUAAGGAUGUUGCGUUUGUAGAGUGGAGCAGACAAAUUGGGUGUGGGUGCACUUGCAAAGCUCUGUCAAGAAGAGAAACAAAAGGCCAAAUCAGUUCUUCUGGCAAUCUUGCACAAAUGAUCAAAUGAACACCACCAACACAGUUUGUGAUACUGUAUACUUUUAACAAAGAUUCCAUCAACCAAUGAAAAUAAAACUCACCAAGAGAUCAUUUUGAUCAGAGCUGUCAGACUUUGGAUCAAGCUCUAUGGUGCUCUUCGCCCAGCGUGCCGCCUUUUCAGAAGGGGGUGUUCGUAUUCUGUAGGACUGUAAGGGAAUUCAAAGAGUAAAUGUCAGCAAAUGGCAUUCAUAUUUUUAUUCAUUUUGGAAAAUGUCAAAAUGAUACUGUAUAUUACUUUGAUCUUUGAUGUUCCGCCAACCCUGUUGGUAAUAUUUUUUGGGUUUUUCAGGUCUUCAUUGUGAAUUUCCUAUGAUGAAAAGUCAAUAUGAGAGUGGAAUGAACGAGUUAAUAUGAAUGCUACAUUAGACAUAGAGAAUAGAAUAGAAAAUCGUACAAGCAUUUCAAUAAUAACCAGCAGUUACACGCUCACACUGCAUUCAUUCACUGUUGACAAAACACCUCGCUUUUUUAUCUUCUACACACACAGUUUAUGUGAAUAAUGGACAGUAAGUCUCAAUGAAAAACACAAAUACUGUUGAAAGGUUAUAAGCUGGCAUCCCUGAUGGGAGAAUGGUC